UGGUAUCCCACAAUGCACCUGGGCUGCAGAAGGCGCGUUUCAUGCUGCUGCAGAAGGGCAGCGGGGCUUCGUGUGGCUAGCAAAACAACUUAGCGAAGCUAAGCAACUUUAUUAUUUUGUCGGUUAUUUUUUCACUCUGUAAUUCACACAUCAGCUCAUAGUGUUGGAGUGAGUGAGUGAGUAAGUGAGAGAGAGAGAGAGAGAGAGAGAGAGAGAGAGAGAGAGAGUCUCAGACUCAUUGGCAGUAUGGCUCCCUUCAACUUGAUGACAGUCGGUGCUAAUCUUUUGGCCAGAUCUUGGAGUCUGUUUUCGAGUGCAGUUACAGUAAGGUGCGCUUGUGUCGCUCCAACAGUAAAGAACUUCAGCACUACAGCUGGUGGUCCUCCGAAAAGGCCUCUGACUGCAUAUCUGCGCUAUGUGAAGGAGCAGCAGCCCGUCGUGGUCAGACAGAAUCCAGAUAUCAAAGUUGUGGACAUUGUCCGAAAGAUAGCACAGCAGUGGAGGACCCUUACACCAGAGGAAAAACAGCCCUUUGAAGAAGCAUCCCUAGCAGCUAGGGAGCAGUACAAAGUUGACAAGAAGGCAUACCAGGAUCAGCUCACGCCUGCCCAGUCUGCAGCGAUCGCAGAGGAGAAAAGACAGAAGGCGGCGAAAAGAAGAGCAAUCAGGAAGAAGAGGGAACUGAACAGUCUCGGCAAGCCCAAACGCCCCAGGACCGGCUUCAACAUUUUCAUGGCGGAGCACUUUGAAGAAGCAAAAGGAAGCACUAUGCCGGGCAAAAUGAAAUCACUGUUCGAUGACUGGAACAGACUGUCCUUGUCCCAGAAACAAAUAUAUAUGCAGUUAGCGGAAGAUGACAAAGUUCGGUAUAAAAAUGAGAUGAAGGCAUGGGAGGAGCACAUGACUGAACUCGGGAGGGAGGAUCUCGUUCGACGGAAAGAGUCGAAGCGUAAGAAGGCGGCGGCGGCGGCUAAAGGUGGCAAAAAGAAAUCUAGAGUGAAAGUGUUGAAGGCCAAAGCGCCUGCCAAGAAAACCGCGGGGAAAAAGGCUGCUGCUGCUGCUGAAACAAAAAGUACAACGAGUAGCACUAAGAAGUGAGCGAGUGCUAUGUGUAGUGGGAAGGUAUGCAUUAAGACAGUGUACACCGUCCUUAAUAAAACCGCUUUGGAAGGGCAUACAUUUCCCUGAUUAAUGCUGUUUGUUCAUGGUGUAAACAGCAGUAUUUGUGACACAUACUGUGACGAAUCCGUUAAAGGCCAGUUUGGGCUGGCAAGACUUUGCUUAAACAGCCGUUACACAUCAGGUGCAUGUGUAGGCAAGACUGAGUUUAUAUGACUACUGCGUUUGCUUUUGUUUUGUUAUUAUGAAGUUAACAAUAAUCAAAAUCACUGCAAUACUUAACUUUCUCUUCUUUUUUUUUUUUGCUUUGUAGAACACACCCACUUGUGUAUCACGCUUAAAAAUCCCAGCAGCCGUAUAUGUUUUGUAUCGUAUCUUUUACUUAAUAAAUAUCUACAUUUUAUAUAAAAGAAACAAGCAACAUGAAGUAUCUAUACAAUGUAACAAAUUCAAACAACAGGAAGCACACACAGUAUUACACUAUUAAAAUAGAAACUGAUCAUGAUCAA